GUGUCCGCUACUCACCCACCCGUGAUACACGCUGCUCCGCUCCGCUCCGCUCCAGACCCCAAUCCCAUCACCGAAUCUCUCGCACCGGCACCGUCGACGUCCGUCCAUGGCGUCCUCCUCACCCUCCGCCGCCGUCCACCUCGCCACGAGGACCUUCUCGUCCACCCCCUCCGCGCCGCGCCGCGGGCCGCCGAAAGCCGCCUCCUUUGUCAGCGUUCCGGCCGGACGGCGCCGGGGGCAGCGGCGGACGGCGGUGGCGGCGCUGGGGGACAUGGACAUGCGCCCGGCCAUCGACGAGAACCCCGAGGGCGUGCUGUCCGGCGAGUGGCCCGGCAACUUCUCCCUCGCCAGCUACGACGACCUCCGCCAGUACCUCGAGUCCCAGAUCGUCUCCACCGACAAGAUGAGCCCCACGGCGAAGCUCGGGGAGGUGAUGUCGCGCCCGGUGGAGGUGGCCACGCCGGACCAGAAGCUGGCCGAGAUCGACGCCCUCUUCGCCACCCAGUCCGGCCUGCCCGUCGUCGACGGCGAGGGCAGGUGCAUCGGGGUCGUCUCCAAGAAGGAUAAGGCCAGAGCAUCCAAUGGGUUGGACUCAACCAUUGGAGAAGUCAUGUCCUCUCCUGCUGUAACUCUGACUCUGGAGAAGACUGUUUUGGAAGCUGCUGCACUAAUGCUGAAGCACAAAGUUCACAGGAUACCAGUUGUGAAUGAACAACAGCAAGUCAUUGGUAUCGUCACCCGGACAGAUGUGUUCCAGGCCCUGGAGGCCAGCAAAGCAUAAGAAGAUCCUGCAUCCUUUAUCCUCACUGUACAUUUCGACGCCGGUAGCAGCUUACUUAGCCUACGGGAGUGUCGCUCCUGUACAGUAAUAACCCUAGUGGUGUGAUGUGUACAUGCCAAGGCCUUUCUAUAGCGUGCUCUUGGGGUGUGUGUAGUGCUUCUUUAUGAGUUGCCGCUGUGUUGUUGGACCUGUGUGACCUUGAAUAGUUGUUCUGGCAUGGGUGUGUUUGCUCUCUCUUUUGUGAUGCAGUUGUGAGUAUUUGUGCAGCUGACAACUUUGCCUUGGUUGCAGCUGGUCCGCAGUAUCUCUUUCAUGUAGUAAGGUGCUCUGAAAGCUGAACUACAUUUGAACUUUGAUCGUUUAAGCAUGUAUAUAUAUGGUUAUGUUUUGAGAA